AUGGCUUCUCCUUAUCAAUCGUCCAUGUCGUUCUCGCCGUCGGUACCCGGAACCGAUAUGACGGCUGCCGGUGCCGCGGGUGCAGGUUCCUCACGACCCAUCUCCGAACUGCCGCAAUCCCAAGUCGACGCGAUCAUCCGCACCAAACGAAAGGCCCGCGAGCCCAAGGCCUGCUACCCCUGUCACGCCCGAAAGGUCAAAUGCGACCGCAAUCUUCCAUGCGAUGGAUGUGUCAAGCGAGACCACGCCGAUAUUUGCUCCUACGAACGUCCCUCCAAGAAACGAAUCAUGACGGGCUCCUCGGUCCCGCCGCCCGCCGCCACGACGUACAGCGACAGUCCCGUGGGAGGGACAACGCCGGGCGGUGUCCCGGAGCACAUGGGAAUGCCGGCUCAGCCUGAAGGUGGUGUUCGCUUGAAACAAGAGCCUGGCACGACGCGACCCGUGCCUUCCGUGCCGUUGCCGUUGGGGCCCAGCGGUCGCGUGUCGGUUGCGCGCGAGGAGUGGGAUAAUGUGCGCACCCGGCUGAAGGAGAUGGAGCAGACUAUUAGCAAUCUUCGCGUGGGCCUGGAACGCGCGGAAGAGGGACAGGCGUCCAGCCUAGAAACUGGCAGCGUGCAAAGCGGGGAUGCAAGUACCCGAUCCAAGGCCGCCUCCCCGGAGCGAGAGGGGAUCCAUGCGGCCAAUACCCUGGGUGAAGGGACUGUUCAUCUGGGAUCGCGGUCUGUCCUUGCAUAUAUCCUGAACAACAAGUCGGGGUCCGAUCAGUUACAAGCACUUCUGGAGGGCGGCAUCUUGCCAAAACUCGGUCUUGAUAAUGAGUCGGCAACGUAUCCGUUUGUCGAUCUGUGGUCAUCGGAUAUGUCGACUUUCGACAUCAGUGCCGUUUGCAGUGCGCUGCCAGGUGAUCAACAGUGCAAAGAGUUCUUCUUCUUUUACCGGGAUAUCGCAGGGGCCAUCUACCCCGUGAUCGAGGACACGGCGCUGUUCGAAAUGAACCUUAAUCUCAUGCUACAAAACCGCGCGUCAAUUGGUGGGACCUACAGGGCCGAUGAUGAUCAGGCACAGAAGCCGUUUGGCGUUUCGAUUGCGUUCCUUGGCUUGUCGUUCGCCGUGCUGGCGUCCGGUUGUCAAUCUUCUGAUCUGCCUGGCAAGGAGAGAGAAUUGACUUCGCAAGUUUAUGUGUGCUGCUCCUAUCAGUGUCUUCGAAUGACCAACUUUUUGUCCCAGCCCACCAUCGAAGCUAUCCAGACAUUACUUGUCAUCGGGAAUGUGCUGUCUUAUAACAUGAACCCUGGAAUUUCAUAUGUCCUACUUGGCAUGACACUUCGCAUGGGUUUGGCUCUAGGUCUUCAUGUCGAAACCAGCCGUUUUUCGUCAGUAGAGCGAUACCGUAGACGGCAUGUUUGGUGGUCCAUGGCAUGGCAGGACAGCCAUUUCUCUCUAUCUUACGACCGACCGUCCACGACCGCCGUCAGUCAACCGGACAUCGCCUCUCGUGGAGACUCGCGACCAGGGGAUCUCUCAUAUUUCGAAACACUCUGCCGGAUCAUCGCUCUCGCUCUAGAAGUUGUCCGCGGUCGGAUGUUAAACUCACAUUCUCAGAUGAGCUUCAAGACGAUUCAAACAUACAAAGAACGGAUACAACACAUCAUGGUCGAAGCAAAGCCCUACCUGCGGGAUCCCAAAUACUGCGUUACGCCGACGGAGCAUCUCGAACGGGUCGUACUCAAGCUGCAUUCCUCCUACUUCUCCUCUGAGCUCUGCCGGCCAGCGCUCAAAUCCGUCGCCGAUGCUCACGACCCGGCCAGUACUAGCAUGCGCUCCGACUGCAUCAUCAAUCUAAUGACGACGGUCGAAGCCUACAUUGAGAUGCACUCCGUCAGCUCGCACGCGUCGCGUUCCUGGAUUGCGCUGCAACGCGCCAUCAGCUCCAUCUUCCUGCUGGCCGUCACGGAAGAAUCCAAAACCAACCCGCGGUUCUGGUCUCUCCUGCAACAAAUCAAGAUGAUCAUCGCCGAGCGCGCCAACACAGAAUGCACGUACGAAUCGGUAGACCCCACCGUUCCGACAUCUGAUCGCACUGUCCCGGCCUUUGGCGCCGCCGUCCCUGCCACCGCAACAACAGCCAGCGCUGGCACCAGUCCCGCCGCCUUCUCCGCGUCUCCUGCUUCGGUUGCCGUCGCCGUCGACACGCAAACGCAAUGGGCCAAACCAUUGACCAAGACUCUGCGGGCUUUGGAGAAACUCGAAGCGGCAUUCAGCUCGCAGACCCAUGGCCCCUCCCGUCACGAAUCACCAGCAUACCUCAACCAGGGCCCAGGCACCAUGAGCUCUCUUGUUCCUCCUGUAUCGGCGAUGACGCCUAGCGUCGGAUCCCUGCCGCCUCCGACACCCGAGAGCUCUACCAGCGGCGAAUGGUCAAUUCCUAAUAUCUUGGACCGAGCGGCUGAAUAUAUCCAUCCACCUUUAUGGAGUUAG